UAUCGGCUUCAUGAUAUAAAUGUAUAGUAUAUUCGUAACAACAAACCGUAUCGGCAACAGCUUAUCAAUUUGCAAAAUUAUUGCAGAAUUUACGAAAAAAAAUUACUGAAAGCGUCAAAGAAAUGUCUUCAUUGGGGGACUCGGUCGGUUAUUUAAUUUUUGGCAAUCCAAUAAGCCAAGCGCUACUAUCAACUGCUGCGAGUGUGAUUGAAACUACUGAAGCCCUUCUACCACGAAAAUUACCGGCACCAAAUGCAGGAGUACCUGUACUUUCAUCACCACCAGUGCGCUUACCAUUAUGGGAGUUGGCAGGCAGUCAAUACAAUUUCAUACGCCUAGCAGGGUUAUGUGGUGCAACGGCAGUGAUUAUGGGCGCCUAUGGCAAACACAACUUAGCUAAGAUUUCCAACAUGGAAGAAAAAUCGGAAGCUAAAACAGUUUUUGAAACAGCAAAUCGCUUCCACUUUCUGCACUCAUUCGCUUUAUUAGCAAUGCCACUCGUCCGAAGACCGUUAUUGACCGGCUCCAUGAUGGUGGUAGGCACUAUGCUGUUCAGUGGUGUGCUCUAUUAUCGCGCCUUGACUGGUGACCGCACUUACGUGCCACUGGCAACAUGUGGUGGUUUCUGUCUAAUCACGGCCUGGCUCACGUUAAUUUUUUAAGGUGUCGAAUUAUUAUUAUUUACACAUGAAUCAAUUAGUCGUUUGUAUAUUGUGCAUAAGUUUAUUAUAUAAAGCAGAGAGCAAAUUUGUGCAGAAUAUAUUAUUCAUAGCAUUAUUGCGAGCCUUUGGUUGGCGAAUUUCUAAAAUCCCCAAAAAUAAAAUUAAAAUAACCUGUACCAUACGUUAGUGGUAAGUUAGUAUAAGUUAGAGGUUCUAAUUUGCUUAAGACUCAGAAUAUCUGAACUCAAUGAUAACCACCUUUAUUUAUUUUUCCAUUUUCAAUUUUUUUUUUUGGAACUCAUCCUUCGUUUCAUCGUCACCUAUAAUUUCAAGUUUAACUGUUUACGUUACUAUGCAAGGAAUUUCAUUUUCCGUUUUGUAUUUUUCCAUUUAUUAUAGUAAUAUAUAUAUAUGUAAAUGUAUAUGGGUAUUAGCUAUAUCUAAACGUUAAUAGCUAUGUAGUGCCGAUACAAUCAGCGUUUAAUGGAAGAAUCAAUUUUCUUAAGAGCUAUGAUAUUUUAUUGUUAGGUAUGAGGUUUAAAUGCAUACUGUAAUUUAAAUUAAUUUAUUAUUUUAGUUUUUUACUUGUACACAUUACAAUUUCUUCAACAAGUAAUAAAUCUACAAUAUAACAGAUAUUAUUUAUUUGUCGAUUUAUUAUAUAAUAUAAAAAUUCUUCUAUGUGUUACAACAUAUACAUAUGGAAUAUCUGUACCUAUGCUUAAAUUUCUUGUGCAUAUAUUAAAAGUGCGUAUUGUUACAUUCAAAGCUGACAUAAAAUGAUCUACUUUUGUUGAUUGAUAAAAAUAAAGCUUCUGUCUACUAUUUACUGGUAAAAAAAAC